AUCGAAAGCACAGGGAACAUAAAGUGCUGGAAUAAGAUGAAUCCAACUAUUAACAAUCCACGUUCCCCAUUCACCCGCUCGAAAGGUAUUUUCGGAUCCAUGGGAUCCUUCGUCUUUACCGACCAGCAGCAGCGCCGACAAGAAUGGACUCAAUGUGAUGCCCUUCCUAGGCCAAAUCCACACCAGUCCUCUGCUGUCCCGCCCAACGGGUCCAAUAGGUCACGCUCACCCCCCACCUUCCCUCCGAUGGAGGAUUCAGAUGGAUUCAAUGCUGUGCCACAGAUGGCUUCGAUGGGACCACCGCCCGUGUUGAGCUCCCUCUGGACAGGCGGCGCUUCUCCGGACAGCCGCGGAGGAGCUACUACGACGACCCCACGAAGAGUACUCCGACUGCCGCUACGAGGGCGACUACGAGGGCGACUACUCGAUGACCACCAAUGA